AUGAUAACACAUAAAAGUCAAGGUCAAACACUCGGUAAAAUUAUCAUUGAUCUUAUCAUGCCACCUGAUCCAGUUGAAGUCGCAUCGGCUUACGUUCCAUUGUCUCGUGUAAAACGGCUUGAUGAUUUACUAAUCAUACGUCCUUUUGAAUUCGCAACACUUCAAAUGAAGCCAUCGACAGCUCAGCUCGAAGAACUGAAGAGGUUAGACAGAAUUGUACAAAAUACUAGAAAACGUUUUCCAUUAUCUGUUUAAAACAAUAAAAUUUUCUCAGUACUCAAAUUUUCGUGAUAACCUGCGAGCUGUAAAGCAUUUACUAUACAUUGUAUGCUCGAUUUGUGUUCAUUUUGAUAUCUUAUUCUAUUGAUCCUUCAUGAAACUUGUAUGAAUUUAUAUCUUGUAACAAAAGCGAUAUACGUAUGUCAUUGCAUGCAAAGAAUUUAAUCUUUAAAAAAGUUCCACCAAUUGAUAUUGUAUAGCUACCCAUGCACAACCCGAGCAAAUAACUGAACUCAUCCCACCAUAACGUAUAUGAAAUCUUUCCUGUAUUCCAUGUCAAACUUGAAUAUGAAUGUUCGUGAGGGCCAUUAGCGAAGAUGGUUGAGUAGAUCCGAGUCUUCGUACCAGUGUCUACAUAAAGGAAUAUCAUCACCUGUGUAUACCAUACAAGCUGUGUAGCCGACACCGGAACCGAAAAGCAUAGAAAUGACCAUUUCCACAUCCUGAUCUUACUGUACAAGACUUACACGAAUAAAUUUUCAUAGUGAUACUCAGUCACACCCGACAAAAUUGCUUCCACGCAAGCUACAUCCAGAAAAACCUGAAUCGCUGAAUUUUGAGCUCUCAAAAUCCUAUUGACUGAAUGCCUCACCUACAAAAAACACCUGCUUAGUCGAACUUUGGGCCCUCGAAAUCCUAUUGGCUGAUCGCCACACCCAGAAAAUACUUGAUUCACCAAAUUAUUGACCCUCGAAAUCCUAUUGGCUGAAGACCACAUCCAGAUAACACGUGAUUGGCCGAAUUCUGGACCCUCCAAAUCCUAUUAGCUGAGGACUACACCAAGAAAACACCUGAUUGACCGAAUUCUGGACUUUCGAAAUUUUAUUGGCUGAAUUCUGGGCCCUCGAAAUCCUAUUAGAUGAGCGUGACACCCAGAAAAUACUUGGUUGGCUUAAACUUGUGUCCGAGGUGGCCAAUCUCACCGAUUUUGAUUUUUUAAUUUCCUGUAAGAAGCCAUCUUGCAGAAGGUCAAAGGGUCAUUUUUUUUUGUUCUGUGCGAACGAACGAACGUACAUAACUUAUUCUGCGUAAGACCCUUCUUCCAGUGGAGAGAACUUUCAGUAGAGGGAAUCCGAUACAGUCUUUUGAAGACAAAUGUUUCACAAAGAAAGAAAAUGGGAAAGAACUAUGUCCACAGCUAGAAGCAAUGGUACCUCACAUCUUUAUUUUAUAUAUAAAAAGCCUCUCUACUGUAGCUGCACACCGACACAGCAAGUUACAGAACGUCAGAUAGAUAUGUUGUGUGCACUGAAGCUUAUGUCUGAAAUAAACUGCGUUGUGGAAUUAACUCAGCAAAUGCGUACCGUAGACGUAAGAUAUUUGGAGCUUUUAGAUAGGUUAAGAAAUGGAUAAUCGACAAUGGAAGAUUAUCAACUUCUGUGUACAAGAAUCAUAGGAAAUCCAAAACUCUAAGUAUGUCUACAACAAAAGUCACGAAACGAAGUAUGUACACUCAUUUUCUCUGUGUAUCACAUUACUUUUCUUUUAAUAGGCUC